UUUUAGCUAUUUAAAUUAAUUUUUAUACUCCAUUGAGUCUUUCUUGUCCAUCACUUUCUCCACUUCAAAAACGCUCAUUUUUUUCCCUUGUUUCUCAUGGAAUCACAUUGGUUGAAGUUGAAACAUGUUGUGACUUGUUUGUUAGCUCUGUCAGUGACCUUGGUCUCUGCCAAAACAAGUGGUCACUGUAAUUUUCCGGCCAUAUUUAACUUUGGCGAUUCCAACUCCGACACCGGUGGCUUGUCUGCCGUGUUUGGUCAGGCACGUUCACCUCAUGGAGAGUCAUUUUUUCACAAGCCUGCUGGUCGUUACUGCGAUGGACGUCUUGUCAUUGAUUUUAUAGCUCAGAGUCUUGGAUUGCCAUAUCUAAGUGCAUAUCUAGACUCAGUUGGUAGCAAUUUCACUCAUGGGGCAAACUUUGCCACAGCAGGCUCAACCAUUAGACCCCAAAACACAACUCUUCGGCAAGGUGGUUUUAGUCCAAUCUCUUUGGAUGUUCAGUUCAAUGAGUUCUAUGAUUUUCAUAGUAGAUCUCAAACUACUCGGAGCCAAGGUGGGGUUUUCAAAAAGCUAUUACCUAAGGCAGAGUUUUUCUCUCAAGCUUUGUACACAUUUGAUAUUGGUCAGAACGACUUAACAUCUGGUUACUUCUCAAACAUGACCACAUCCCAAGUUAAGGCAUAUGUUCCUGAUGUAUUAGAUCAAUUCAAAAAUGUUGUCAAGUAUGUAUAUGGUCAAGGAGGAAGAUACUUUUGGAUACACAACACUGGUCCCUUUGGUUGUCUACCAUACGUCUUAGACAGGUUGCCAGUGGCAGCUAAUGAGAUUGAUAAAGCUGGUUGUGCCACUCCUUUCAAUGAAGUGGCUAAGUUUUUCAACCGUGGCUUAAAACAAGUUGUGGUCCAAUUAAGAAAGGAGUUACCUUUGGCUGCAAUCACUUAUGUUGAUGUUUACAAAGCCAAGUACUCCAUCAUUAGCCAACCCAAAAAGCACGGAUUUGAAGAGCCUUUGAGAGCAUGUUGUGGUCAUGGUGGGAAGUAUAAUUUCAACAAGAACAUUGGAUGUGGGGGCAAGAAAAUGGUCCAUGGGAAAGAGAUUUUGGUGGGAAAGGCUUGUAAAGAUCCUUCAGUUUGGGUGAAUUGGGAUGGAGUACAUUACACUCAAGCUGGUAACAAAGGGAUUUUUGAUCAGAUUGUAGGAGGAGCAUAUUCUCAUCCACCAAUUCCCUUGAACAUGGCUUGUCAUAGAAUUAAAAAAUAAACACUUGUUCAUGUGUAUGUACUACUUAAUUUUUGCUUUGCUUCUUUCUUUUGAUUCAAUGCAAUUUCAUAUGAAAUCUGCCUAUGAAAUUGGAUGCAUAUCAAUACCAUAUUGUCCCUCAUUGAAAAACAGAGAUUUGAAGACCAACAUGUUAAGUCAAUCUUAUAAAAUCAAUUGAAUUCUACAA